CACGGAUAUAAAAGCCAGCGCCUCCCGCCCCGUCGGCAGCUCACCGCGUUCAGCCCCGUCGGCACCCCGUCGGCUUGCUCCCCCGAGGAUGCUGCGCGCCGUGGCCGGAGGACGUGCCCUGCUGCUGAGCGCCCUGCUGUGCCGCCUGGCCGCCGCCGGCAAUCCGGAACUACCAACAGCAGUUAAUAUAACCUGGUCUUCAAUCAAUUUUAAAACCAUACUACAAUGGCAACCAAAACCAUCGGGUUACUUCUACACAGUAGAAAUACUCGGAAAGACAUCUGACACAAAAAAAAAAUGCAUACGGACAGAAGAAACAGAGUGUGAUGUUACUGAUGUGCUCAAGAAUGUAAAAGAGACCUAUACAGCACACAUACUCUCUGUAACGUCCUCGAGGAUGGACAACUUUGAAGAACCACCUUAUGCAGUCUCUGAAGAAUUCACACCUUAUAAUCAGACUGUCCUCGGAAAACCAGAGAUACAGAAUUACAGACAAAAAGGUUCGAAACUGAACGUGGUGUUCCAAGAUCCACUUACACCGUAUACAUUUCCUAAUGGAAGCUUUCAAAGCAUUCGAGAUAUUUUCCAACAUGACCUGGAAUACAAACUCUACUACUGGAAAGAUCAAAGUUCUGGAAAGAAAGAUGCAACAACAAAAAGCCAUACAUUUGAACUAAGCGUUGACAGUUCAAAGAACUAUUGCUUCUAUAUACAGGGAAUCAUUCCCUCCCGCAGAGAAAACCGUAAUGGUCAAGAAAGCGCAGUGCUUUGUACCAGCGUAGGAAGAAAUAUCUCAGAUGAAUAUGGAGCAGAAGUCUUUAUCAUCAUAGCAGUGAUAGCAAUUGUGGUCAUCACUCUUGCCAUUGUCCUGCCAGUGAUCCUGUGUAAACGCAAGAAAGCAAAAGCUGCAAGAGAAAAGGAACCACUGAAUGGUGUCUAAGGAAAAAAUAUUGUGGACACUAUGAAAAAAGAAAAAGACAAAAAUCAGAAACUGGAUGAUUGGGUGGAGCCUUUUAGCCUCUCCAAUACAGGAGUUUUGAAGCCCAAACGUUACAUGGCUUCAACAAUCUGUUAGUUACAGAUGAAAAACCCAGAUAUCAAGAAGUCCCUGUGUCACUAGUGGCCAGAAGCUGGAAGAGCAUUCUGGUGACCUGUUUACAGUAGCCUAACCCUGCUCAUACACUCUUUCCAAGCUCCUUGUUUAUCCUGUCUGAAACAGGAUUCUGAACUAGAUGGACCUUUGACUUGACCCGGUACAGCCACUCUGAACAUACGGCCUUACUGAGCCAGACUUAUGGUACUUGUGAGGGGAAAAAACACUACUUCUGAAAAACAUGUGUCCUUUACCUAACUAAAAGGUACACCUGUCUGUUUCUAUGAAACAAAACCUGUAUUUACCUGAGUUUUAACAUUAUUAACUGGUGAAAUCAUCUGUUAGUUCAGAUGUGAGGAAGACGCUACUAUUAUUUCUGCACUUCUUGGAUAAAAUUAGCUUGGUCCAUUUAUCUUUGGAUAUAGGUGAACAAACUGAAACUACUGUACUGGCGACUUUUAAGGAAAUCUCUUGAAGUAGGUAGCUGCUAUCCAUUUGGAAAGCAUAUCCAGAAUACACUACACCUAGAAUUAUACAGACAGAGUAGUUUGAUGGUUCCAAGUAAGUGUUAGAAAAAACACUUUGCAGUUUUUGAGUCAAUAGUAACUCACUUCAUGCAAGCACUGAGUAGGCAGCAGUAUUCACUGCAUUUUGAACAUUAAUUUUAAUUAAACAGUUGGUGAAUGAGUAUUUUAUGUGGUAUAGAUUCAAAUUGUCUUGGUGAUGGGACCUGGAGGUACUUGCUGCUUUGGCUAUUUUAAUAUUUAUUUUAUAAAUGAGAAUCUAAUUUUUAUACUGGUGAUAUCUGUAUUUAUAAUGGUAAUUUAUACUUUUCUAGCAAAAUAAAGGUGACUGGGAAAAUAA